AUGUGGAAAGGCUAUUUGAGUAUUUUUGGAGGUUUUCUAACCCAUCUUGUUACAGGUGCAUUUUAUUGUAUGCUUCAUUUAUGAGAGUAGUUUGGGGUAACAUUUCCAUAAAUGUGAGCUCAUACUAUCGCUUCAAUGGAUAUCCAGAUAUUGAAACAAAAACUGUUUCUGCAGUAUUUCCAGCCAUAUAUUUUGGAAUAGCUGUUGGAAGUCAAUUUGGUAUUCAUUUGGCUCGUCGUUUUGGCCACAAAUUAGUCAGUGUAAUAAAUAUGUUAUGCUAUUGUGCCUCGAUGUAUGCAGCUACAUAUAGCAACUUUUACUUUUUUGUUUUUUUUCAAGGUUUACUUCCUGGUGUUUUUAUUGGAAUUGAGUACUUAAUUCCUGUUGAUAAUGCUUUGAAGAUAUUUCCAUAGAAAAAAGGAAUGGUAACAGGUUUGAUACUUUGUGGAUUUGGAUUUACUCCACUUGUUUUUAAUCCUAUAUUAUAGAAACUGUUAAAUCCUGAUAACAUUUAUCCUGUGAAUGGAUACUAUCCUGAAGAAGUUGCUUAAAAUCUUAUGAAAGGUCUCAUCUUUGUUACAACCAUUUAUUUGGUCUUGGGAUUAUUAGGAGCAUUUUUAAUGUAAUCGGUUAAAGAAAAAGAUGAUCAGAAUGAUGAGACGUAUAAUCAGUAAACUUAAUUAUUAAUUUUUUUAGAAAUUUAAUUGAAAAUGAUGCCCAAGUUAGUGUGAAUACAUAAUUUGAAAUUCUUAAAACAAAAGAGUUUUGGUUAAGUACAUUUUAAGUAUUCUGUUUAACAGGAUUCGGGUUCAUACUUAUCUCGCAUUACAAAGAAUACGGUUUCCUUCACAUAAAAGAUGAUUAAUUUUUUUCUAUAGUAGGUAUGAUAGGAGGAUUUACAAAUGGGUAAAAUAAUAAUCAUAAUCUAAUAGUCUCUCUCGUUUUCUUUGGAGUUUUUUGCUCGACUUUAUCAAUUAUAAAAUUCUUGUAUUCAUUAACAUAAUUAUGGCUAUGCUUUUGGCAGGAACAAUAAAUUUAAUUGCUGAUUCUAAAACUCUAUUUAUGAUUUGGGUUGUACUCACUUACUUAUAAUAUGGUGGUUUGUAUACACUAUUUCCAGGGAUUUGUACAAAAGUAUUCUUGUAAUUAGAUAUAAUAGUAAUUUGGUAAAAAAUUUGGUCCAUUGGCAUAUAAUAUGGCAUUCAAUAGCAUUCCCUUUUCAAAUUUAACUUAGUUUCUAUUAACACUAUACUUCUAUUAGUUAUUCAUAAAUGGACAAUUGUUUUACAUAUAUGUUGGAAUCAACUUUCUAGCUCUUGUUAUACAAGUCUAUAUUUUAUUAAAUGAGAGAUAAAGUAAAAAGUUAAAUAUUGUAAAUUACAUUGAAUGAAUUAUAUAUAUAUAUAUAUUAAUAGAUGGGUAGUUGUAAUUGCAUUCCUAAAAAGGUAGGAGAAGAGGAACUAUAAACUUAAAGAGGUGGAAGCGAACACUAAAUAAUGGAUAAAGAGAAGCAAUAGGAUGCACAAUCUUUUACUCAUGGUUGAUUUUUAUCUUCUUAUUCAGAGGACAAUAAACCAGCCAAUGAUGAAUCUUAGUAACUUGUUUAGAGCACCAAAGGAAUUAGAAAAAAACUUCCUAGAAUAAAUAUGCUUAAUGGGGGCUAUUAUGAAGGUGAAUGGUUCAAUUGUAUGAGGGAUGGCUUUGGACUGCAUGUAAAAUUGAAAAAUUCAUUAGAGAAUUGGGCUGAUGGAGGUUUAUAUGAAGGGGAAUGGAAAAAUGAUAAGGCAGAGGGAAAAGGUAAAUUAGGUAUCUCUUUAAUAAUAAACGAAUUUAGUCCAUGGUGAUGGAGAUGUAUAUGAAGGACAAUGGGCUAAUGAUAUGGCUAAUGGUUGUGGGACAUAUGUACAUGCUGGAGGUGCUAAGUAUGAAGGGGAAUGGCUAAAUGAUUAAUAACAUGGAAAGGGAGUGGAAGUUUGGCCUGAUGGUUCUAAAUAUGAAGUAUAAAAUUGUCUAAUACUAAAGGGUAUGUAUACUUUUGGAAAGAAAAAUGGAAAAGGAAAACUUUAAUUUGCAGACAAUAGUAUUUAUGAGGGAGAAUUUUUGGAUAAUGAAAUCAGUGGUUUUGGUAAAUAUACUUGGAAUGAUGGUAAAACUUAUACAGGCAAUUGGUUAAAUAAUAAAAUGAAUGGUUAUGGUGAAACCAUUUGGCCAGAUGGGAAAAGUUAUAAAGGCUAUUACUUAGAUGAUAAAAAACAUGGUUAAGGAGUGUUCUCUUGGAAUAAUGGUAAAAAAUAUGAAGGAGAAUGGGCUUUGGGAAAAUAAAAUGGUAAGGGAAUAAUCAUCAAUGAAACUGGUGAAAGAAAAGCUGGAAUUUGGGAAAAUGGUAGAAGAAUAAAAAUUGAAGGAGAAAAUGAUUAAACUGCUGAAGGAGAAACCUGA